CACAAUUUGCUACUGUUCUACGUUAUUUCAAGCAUAGCCAUGGGUUGGGUUCUUCUUCUUUACUACAAGGAUCCACACGAAUUAUUAGCACCUCUAUGGCUUGUCUCAUUAUUAGUUGGAUCUUUCUAUAUACAAGUAAUAUGUUAUCCUUCGCUACAUUUUUGUGUCAUGCUUGAACGUUUGAGGGCAACAUUGUUUCUAAAUAAAUAUGAAAAUGAGGGAAGAAAAUUGGCAAUUUUUAUGAUAACUAUCACUGUAUGUUACUAGAUAGUACAUCUUGUUUCCAAUUUUCUAACUGAGGGGUUUCGAGUGGUAUACUUAUUGGAAAUUUAAAAUAAAAUAAAAAAACAUUCUGUUUUAACAGUAAGGAGGGGUGAGCGUUAAAUUUUGGCCUUGCGUUUCGUUUUGCGUCUUGCGUUUUGUGAUUUCUCUUUCGCUCACCGCUGAUUUUAAGUAUGAGAUUAACUAU